AUGGGCUUCCGCUCGUGGGAUUUGUACGAGUACCCUUUGCUCCAAACCACGAACAGGCAUUCGUGGGCUGUGGAAGCAGCGACGCAGCUUGAGAAACCGCGAUACGUCAUUUUCGCGCUACAAACCGGGAGGUCCAACAACUUAUUGAAACACGCCUCCGAGUUUGACGACGGUAAUCUCACUAAUGUGAAACUGUACCUUAAUUCAGAUUUUUAUCCCUACGACGAUAUGAACUUGGAUUUUGAGAAGCGUAGAACGGCCAUACUGUACGAGAUGUACGCGAAAUUUCGAAAGUCGUAUUACGGAUGCGAGCGAGAGAACGCGCUUCUAACGAUGGAAGAAUUCGACAAAUGGGGCCCGUUCGUGGUCAUCGACUGUUCUCGUCAGAACGAAUCCGUCAAAAGCGCCACCGUAGACGUUCGCAUAGAGUUCGAUUGCAAACGUAAUAUAGAUUCCAAUACGACGGCCUACUGUCUCAUCAUCCACGAUCGCGUGAUCGAGUACAAUCCGCUGACUAACAUAGUCCGCAAGAUCGUGUAA